UGAUAAGGAGAGACCGGAAUCGAAUUUAGGGUUCGAAGACGACAACAUCACUCGGUUACUUAUUUUUCGCAACUUCGUUUUGAGUGAUUCGAAAUUGUGACAAAAUCGGCAGUUUCGAGCUCUGAAUUCGUAACCCUUGAUGUAAAAACUCAAACUUUCUCCCCCCCCCUCUCUCUGUUGAGGAAUCAGUUUCGAAAAGCAAAGAAAGAUCUAAAGAGUAUUAAGAGCUACAGAGAUGGGAAGCAGAGGUAGUAAUCGUGUGGGAGAUAGAUGGAAUGAGAUGGGUUGCGAUGAGAAAUCGAGCGUGAUUCAGGAAGAGAUCAAAAGGGUUAGUAAGCUCCCUUCCAGUAGUGUUUAUGCAGUUCAUCGUCUCAAGGUUCUCAACAAAAUCAACGAGCUUUUAUCUAUUCAAAGAACGUUAUCUCAAGAGAGGGAGUUAGAGUUGCUCUUCACACAGCUCUCUCUGUAAAAUAUCCAAGAUUUUGAUGUACAAGGUUGUGCUGCUGUGCCUCCGUUUCAUAUUUCUUUUAAGAAAAUGUGGUAUGUUAGAUUGGAUUAUACGUCUAUCUAUUUUACUUAUGUAAUUUUAACAUUUUACUAAAGAUUGCUGGUUGAUCAAUGAUACGGUGUUCCUUGGUUCUAA